GCGCGCCCAGCAGGGCCGGCAAGCCGUGCGCGCAGCAGCGCAGCCCGAGAGCCGGGGCGGCGGGGGCUCGCGGCCGCAGGGUCCGCAGAAGCCGCAGCUGCAGGGGGUUAAUGUCUGUGGAGGCCAGUGCUGCCAUGGCUGGAGUAAGGCCCCCGGCUCCCAGAGGUGCACCAAACCAAGCUGUGUUCCACCGUGCCAGAAUGGAGGGAUGUGUCUCCGGCCUCAGCUCUGUGUGUGUAAACCGGGGACCAAGGGCAAAGCCUGUGAGAGCACAGCUGCCCAGGACACCUCAUCACCAGGCUUUGGAGGGCAGAGUCCUGGGGCUGCUUCCUCCUGGGUCCCCCCUGAGCAAGCAGCAAAGCACACUUCAUUGAAGAAGGCAGACAGUCUCCCAAGAAUCAGCCCUGUGGCCCAGAUGACCUUGACCCUGAAGCCGAAGCCUUCAGUAGGACUCUCCCAGCAGAUUCAUUCUCAGUGA